AUUCUCUUUCUUCCGACAUGACAGUGAAUGCAUCGUUUGUUCUGUCGUCACUUCCUGAAACACUGUUUCCUCUUAAAGAUGGCAGCGACCUUGUGUGGAAAAUUAUUACCGAAACAGGGAUGGCUUCCCCUGACCCAGACUGUUCGGCACGGCUCCAAGGCCGUGACCCGCCACAGGAGACCGAUGCACAUCCUCAAACAGAAGCUCAUGGCUGUCACAAAGUACAUUCCUCCUACACGGGUCGUUCCUCCAGGAGCCUAUCCAUCCCAAACCAAGCACGUCCAGGAGGACGACCCUUAUAUGUCAGUCCUGAAGAGAAAUUUAAACGAAGUGUUCCAGGACUCUAAGAUGGUCGCUGUGGUCCAGAACAGCGCCAGUAAUGCUGAAGACAUGUUGAUUCUCAAGAACAGACUCAACAAACAUGGCAUUGCUGUCAAGUUCUUCCCCAACGAGGUGGUGCGGUCGUUCCUGAAAGACAGCGUUUACGCUAACAUGGCUCCUUUGUUCAUCGGUCCUACAGUUCUGGUUGUGAGUAAAGAGCCCAAAGCGAAGGAGAUGCUGUCGACUCUGAGGGCCAGCCCACAGAUGACGCUCCUUGGAGCCUGUGUAGACAACACGUUGCUGACCGCCCAGGGGGUGCUGAGCUACUCCAAACUGCCGUCAAUGGCUGUUAUCCAGGGCGAGCUAGUCAGCGGGCUGACGAUGCUCACCUCCCACACAGCCUCCAUGCUGCAGCACCACCCGGCCCACCUGUCCGCACUCCUCCAACAAUACCUCAAACAGCAGAGCUCGGAGGGCCACGCUCAGGCCGCUCCUAACGCAGCGGAGGCCACGUAAAGCUUCAGAAAUUACUCGGACUGUUGCCUUGCAGAUUUCCAGCGGCCUGGAAUGACGAUGGACUGUUGGGUUGGAUGCAUACUUUAAGGUUUAUUAUGAUUUAGUACCAACGUCCCAGGCUAACCUUUAAGAUUAGUCUGCAAAAGAAGAAGAAGAUGGUGGUUUACUCAAUUUCAAAAACUUGACUGGAGCAGUUGAAUUUGACUAAAUCAUGCAGUGUGCGCCCACCUAUAGGAGCACAGUGGCUGCUGUGAAUAAAGAAGACUUCAACUUCUCAAUGGAAGUUUUGGACGGUGUUGCCCAGGCAACUCCUUUAUUUAAUUAUAGUGUCACAUAUAAAUAAACUAUUUCAACACA